UCUCGAGGAAGAAGAGAAAGCUGACAGUUAUUAAGAAGCAAAUUGAGUUGUCUAAUGUUUAUAUGGGUUUGCUAGCAUUUUGUUCUCUUUAUUUUAGCUCUUUUGUACAUAUUUCGACAUUAGACUCUUUACAUUUAAUGACCUUUCCGUAAAAAAGUCAAACGGACGAACUCUCUUAUUAUACGGUUGCCAGACAGGUGACAUUGCUUCUAAACUUCACUUCACAAUGAAUGUUCCGAAAACUGGUUAUCGAGUAUUCUCCGCCAACUCCAGCUCAGCAUGUACCGAACUGGCAAAGAAGAUUACAGAGCGCCUUGGGGUGGAGUUGGGGAAAUCCAUUGUUUACCAGGAAUCUAACAGAGAGACCCGAAUCGAUGUCAAAGAGUCUGUUAGAGGCCAAACAAUCUUCAUCAUUCAAACCAUUCCCAGAGACGUUAACACUGCCAUUAUGGAGUUGCUGGUAAUGGCGUAUGCACUCAAGACCUCCUGUGCCAAAAACAUCAUCGGAGUCAUCCCGUACUUCCCCUACAGCAAACAGUGCAAGAUGAGGAAGCGGGGCUCCAUAGUGUGUAAGCUGUUGGCGUCCAUGCUAGCCAAAGCAGGUUUGUCUCACAUCAUCACUAUGGAUCUGCAUCAGAAAGAGAUUCAGGGUUUCUUCAGCUUUCCUGUGGACAACCUACGUGCCUCCCCAUUUCUUACACAGUACAUCCAAGAGGAGGUUCCUGACUACAGAAAUGCCAUCAUCGUGGCAAAAUCCCCCUCUGCUGCAAAAAGGGCUCAGUCCUAUGCGGAGCGUCUGCGUCUGGGCCUGGCCGUCAUCCAUGGGGAAGCCCAGUGCGCCGAGUCUGACAUGGCUGAUGGCCGACACUCUCCUCCCUGUGUGCGCAACACCUCUGGCCACCCUGGCUUGGAGCUACCAUGCAAGCAGCAAGCUCCGUUCCCAGGCAUCGAGCUCCCAAUGAUGAUGGCCAAGGAGAAACCACCCAUCACGGUGGUGGGGGAUGUCGGAGGACGCAUUGCUAUUAUUGUUGAUGACAUCAUAGAUGACGUAGAGGACUUUGUGGCAGCUGCGGAGAUCCUGAAGGAGAGAGGAGCCUAUAAAAUCUACAUCAUGGCCACGCACGGGCUGCUGUCCGCAGAUGCUCCACGCCUCAUCGAGGAGUCUGCCAUAGAUGAGGUGGUGGUGACCAACACCGUUCCACAUGAGGUGCAGAAGCUGCAGUGUCCCAAGAUCAAGACGGUGGACGUCAGUAUGAUCCUGGCUGAGGCCAUCCGACGCAUCCACAACGGCGAGUCCAUGGCCUACCUGUUCCGCAACAUCGCUGUGGAUGACUGAGGCAGCGAGUGCCAUCCGGCUCGCUCCGAACGCCAGCAGUCCCCGGGUCGGAAUGCCACCCCUUCAGCAUGUGCCAAGUGUUCUAAAACCCAAUUAUUUAAGACAAUUAAAUGAACUUAUUUAAAUAUGCGUCUCUCUAGAUGUGCGUGAUGGGAGGUUAAAAAUGUAGCUUUAUGUUAAAUCUGAGGAACAGACCUUACAGUUGUCAGUGUGGAAUGUUCCUGUUUGCUUCAAUACAGUCAGUUAAACUACGCAGCUUUGACUUGCUGCAACUGUGAUGCAUAUAUGCAAGAGUUAGGAAUGUUAGUGAUGCAUAUAUGCAAGUUAUGAGUGUUAGUGACGCAUGUUUGUAAGAGUUAUGAAUGUUCGUGUUGCUCUAGUCAUUUGCACUUCUGUAGUCCAUCUAUUAACUGUAUGCCGUAUUGGACGUUUGGUAUUUGUCUGCUUGAAUAGGUUGCCAGAUGAAGUCUGAGUCCAAACUGAUAUCCGUACAGAAGACUGAGGGUGUACGUGAAGGAUCCUAAAUGUGUGAGAAGCUGCAUGCUCGUGCUUAGUCACGCAGCACUUUAAUAGUAUUAUGUCUGAUACAACCAGCCUGUCCAAAAUGCCCUAAAGCUGUGGACAAAUGUGGAGAACAACAUAUUGUUUUGUGUUUUUUGUUUGUCUCACCUGUCUGGGCUCAGUUAUGUGGUGCUCAUCUUGAUGUUCUAGGGUACACCUUGUUCUCAGAUUUUUAAAGGGAGAUGCACACAAACACGAAACAUCCCUCAACAUUUACAGUAUGAGGUCAGUUAAUGUAGCUGGUGCUCAUAUUGUCAGACACUGACCUCUGCUCUAGUGAAUGCUUGUUAGCUUUCAUGUCAGAUGGUUGCAGUAUUAUUUCCAUCUUGUUUCUUGAAUGUAUAUACUUUUGUGUAAAUUCAUAAAGCAGCACAAUUUCAUGGCAGGAGUUCACCUCUUUAUUUCACACCUGGCAACUGAUCCAGUAAAAAUAACAGCUUUUCCUUAAAGGUACAAUUCCACAAAAUAAACUCCACAAUUUUCCACUUGCUACAAAUACAGUAAACUUGUCAAGACAGUUAAUCAAGGCCAAUUAAGUGUGCACUGGGAAUAUUGGUCUAAUGUUGCUAGUUAGCAAGCAUUAAAAUUAAGUACACCAAAAUAUCUUUUCCAUAAUUGAAUUCACAACACACACAAUAGGCUACUGGUGACAAGCUAAACAGUUACAGUACAUUGCAGUUUCUCUUCAAUAUAGAGUUUUUAAAAAGCAGCUUUGAUUCACUAAUUCACCAACCACUCGUCCCUUGCAAAGGAGAACAACAGCUGAGCAUGUGAUUUCUCCCUCAGUUUCUGCGACAUCCAGCCCCUACGUUAUGAGAAUGUUGGUACAAAACCAAUAAAGGAAACGCUGGUUGUCAACCAUAUCUUGGCUGAUGGACUGUAGCCGGCCUGGUUAUGUGGGUGGAAAAUUGUGUAAAUGUAUUAUUUUGCUGAUCUGUUCCUUUAAGGGAUUCCUCCAUGUUAACAAGGCAAAAGACACGCAAGGCAAGUUUAUGUCGUCUAAUCAUCAAUAGCACACCAGGUCUAUUUCUGAUAUUACUGAGCUCAAGCGGUUGCAGCGUUGCUCAGCUGAAGAGCGACCGUGCGCUGUGUUCACGUGUUGAUACCCGUAGUUUUUGUUCUUCGCAUUGUUAGUAGUUGGUACGAAAUUGCGUCUCUGUGCACGUGUGGAUUCACAUCAUCUCUCCACACCUCGCCCGCCAUGUCCACUUCUUGUUUUGAAUUAUGUUAUGACAGGUGCCGUUAAGCCAGACAAUGCACGUUUGGCGUUAUUUUACUCACCAGUCUCUACGAGAGCGACAAUGGUUGCUAUAGCGACCGUAUUCAGAGCCGUAUUGAACUAUUUUCAAAAAAAAUGUUCGAAACAGUGAUUUGUUCAUGAUGUAUGUUACAGUUUUUGAUUUGCAGUCAUAUUUUUAAAAUAAACAUGCAUUUUUUGCUUUAUUGAGUUAAA